ACACAUUGCUUGUCUGUGACCUCUAAGAGUUCAGUCCAGUGAAUGCUUUGCUAUUCCUCAGCUGUUCGCUGGAUCUCAGCAUCCCAGACUGUCAGACACUUACGAGUUAAGUGAAAGCAAUUUAUUUCAGAAUACAAACCACAUCUAAACUCCUGAACAGUGCUGCAAUGGAGCCAUCUGACUCAAGAACAUGCCUGAGAACUUGUCCCAUAAAAGACUGUAGAGUAUUACACUUCAGUGAAAAGCUAACUGAUCCAGGACAACUCCAUCUCUCCAGGAACCGCUCCCGAAGGAUGAUGGCACGGAGACGGUCUAAUAGCAUCAGCAUGUGCACCUUACCCAGUAUUCCAGAGUACCCGGGCUUCCAGGACAUUAAGUUGUCAAGGAGCUAUUCUAGAACUCCAGACUUCAGUAUGGCUUUCCAGAAUCGAGGAAGAAAUAAAAAUGGCUCAAUACUAGGGGCUGAAAACCCUACAAAUAUAAAAUCUUUGGGCCAAAACAGCAUUCAGGUCCACAGUUUGGGCAACUCCCCAGGGAACUAUGUUCUCAAAAGUCACCGCAAAACCAACAGUGGUUUCUAUGACAAGAGUUUGCAAGAGUACUUCAACGAGCGGCUCAUGGAGCUCAGGAACUAUGAAACAAAGAAGUCUAAUAGGCAGGCCAAAGGGUAUCCUGAUGAGAACAAGCAACCCAACAGCACCACCAGAGGCCUAAGGCGCAGAAGUAGCUGCAAUGCUGUGAUCCUGACAAAUCACAUGAAAGAGAUUGAAGAAUCCUGCAGUUUGGCACACCAGCCCAAUGAACCAGCGCUAGAGUGUGAUGACCAGAGGGAAACCCAGAGUGUCCUGGAUUUUUGCAAGAGUGACUACUUGGAUAUUUUGACUAUGAACAUUAACGCUCCGUUAGAAAUGUUUGUACGGAGGAAAUGACAUUGGAGGUGACAGCAGCCACUACCACAGCUGUGAGAAGCAAAAAGAAUUACUAUUGUUUGUUACUUUCCUGGCCAACGUAUCUGUCUUAUGUGUGAAUAUGUUUGUUUGUGGAUAAAAGUGACAUACUGUCUUAUCUUUGUGCUUGAUUUUGUAAGUCUUCACCAUCAGUUACUGGCAGUAGGUGGCUUCAGUUGGAGAGGCUCAGCCCUCCCUCUCCCAAAUCUAUCAGCUCCCCAUAGCUGGCAAGUCCCCAUAUUAGGCACUGCCAGGAGCAGGAAGGGAGCAGGAAGAGGGCCCCGCCUGUGCAUGCGUGUGGCUGACAUGUAAUGCUUUGGUAGCUCCCAUGAGAGCCAAUGAGCUAGAGUGGGGAGCCUGCCUGGACCAGCCCUAUGGGACAGCAGCUGUUGUUCCUCCCCACAGUGAUACUCCCUUGCAGCCAGAGGGAGGGACCAGGGACCGUCAGAGACUGGGCCAAGCAAGCACCCCCCCACCCCAAUUCAGACUCAUGUCCCAUUUGCGGGCCAGGUCUCCUGGAUUAUGGGCCUGCCCACGUCCUGCUCAUGGCCCCGGGUGAGUGCUGGCGAGGGGGCCAUGUCCUGCUUGGUCUAUUAGCACCAGCCCCUUGUGGACAGUUCUCCAUAGCUAGCUGUGGCUAGGGAGCACAGGGUGGGGGUCUCACGCAGGGAGGAGCACAAGGUUGGAGGCCCAGGCUUGCCAAGUUUGCAGUUGUGCCACCCAUGGAUGGGGCUCAGUCAGGGUGCAGCUCCACCAGGUCUGUCCUCCCCAGUGUGAUAGCUUUGUCACUAAAGGAGAAAGCGGGGGAGGAAUUCAAGUGGCGGGGGGGUGCUGAUUCCCGCACGGCAGCUGAGGGCCCAGCCUCAUGGGCUUAUUUGGUUUUCUUGCCACCAGUUCACCUGCUCAAUGGCAGGAGCUGGGUUCAGCCCCAAAUCAGCGGUGAGCUCAUGGUGGGACAGGGGCAGGCACCCCAGCAGAGCAGUGAACC